AUGCUCAUGCGGAACCAGGCUGACAAUACCAUCAGGAGAUGGUUGUUCAUCAUAGAAGGAGUCAUUACUAUUGGUGUUGCUAUCACAGCGGCAUUCAUCCUCCCAGACUAUCCUGCCACAACGACAUGGCUUUCCGACGAGGAAAAAGCAUAUGCCCAGUGGAGACUGGUCGAUGACAUCGGAGAGUCGGACGAGGGAGGUGCCUCAUCCAUCAAAGAUGGGGUCAUACUUGCCUUUAAAGAUCCUCGACUGUACCUAUUCACCUUGCUUCAGCACAUAAGUUUACUGUCGCAGUCCUUCCAGUACUUCUUCCCGACGAUCGUCAAGACCCUUGGCUAUGGGAACAUUGAGACAUUGCUCAUCACUGCGCCAGUGUGGAUCGGAACGUUCCUGGUUUCGCUCGUAGUAACCUACACUGCCGGAAAAUACAACGACCGAAGCAUACACAUCUUCUGUUUAAUGCUGAUAUCCGUAGUGGGAAACAUCAUUGUCGUUUCUUCACUCAACACUGUGUAUCCAUCUACGGAUGGGCCAAGGUAUCUUCCAGGCGGUAGUGCGACUGCUGCGGUUGCUCUUUCUGUUGCUAUACUGGCAUUGGUCGUACGACUAGUUUUACAGAGAGACAACAAGAAGCUCGCGGUUCGUGAUGUUCUUGACAAUGAAGGCAGUGUCGGUGGAUCUGGAGGGGCAGCUUUGGGAGGCAGGGCUUUGGGAUUCAGAUAUGUCCUCUGA